AUGCCUUCAUCCAACGACGACGAUGAUCUCGAUUAUUCACAAUUAGCGAGCAUUAUGAGCAAUGAGACGUCAAAUGUAUCCGAUUUAUGCAAGGAGCAGCUUCAAAUCCUUAUAAGGAAGGGCAAGUAUGGCACAAUCGAAAAUUUACCUCCGCCAAUUCUCGCGCUUUUCUGCAUUCCCGCCGUCAUCAUUAUCCUUCUGACCGUUUUUGGAAACCUGCUGGUGCUCUUUUUCAAGGCACGUGUCGGCCGGACCAACACAACACUUCUUGUAUGGAAUCUUGGCCUUACCGACUUCUUGGUCGGCGUUAUCGUGCUACCCAUGGGUGCUGUUCAUUUGAUCUACCGCCGCUGGAUCUUCGGCCGAUUCUUGUGCCGCCUAUGGGUCGCUGCCGACGUCACAUUUUGCACAUGCUCGGUGGUGACCAUCUGCGUGAUCUCGGUGGAUCGAUAUCUUGCCGUGACAAGACCACUUCGAUACAAGUCAAUUGUGACCAAAACGAAGGUGAUAAUCGUGAUGACGACCAUCUGGAUGUUCUCUUCCUCCAUUCUACUCACCACCGUUCGUUGGGAACAACCCGAGUGCUAUGAUGACUCGAUUUGUUUCGCCGGCAACGAGAUUCGCUAUCUGGCGCACAGUGUGGUGUUCGCCUUCUUCCUGCCGGCCUCGGUGACCCUCACCCUCUAUUGGUGCAUCUACAAGUUGGCGCGGAAUCGGCAAAAGGCGCUCGAUCGCGGAUUUCUCAUGAUUCUCGGCCAAAACAUGAAUUUUCUCACCAACACGCUGAGUCAGCAGACAACGCUACGGGUUCACUUCGGUAAGACGAAUGGAAUGGUCGAGCAUCAGCGACGAGUGCUUCGGACGCACGAGCGAAUCGCCAAGACACUCGGCGUCGUCUCAUGCUCAUUCCUCUUCUGCUGGCUGCCAUUCUUUAGUCUCUACCUGACCAAUUACAAAUGCUCCGGGUGUAUUCCCUCCAUAGCCAUUGAUAUCGCCAGUUGGCUCGGCUAUUGCAAUUCAAUGCUCAAUCCGAUCAUCUAUUCGUUCACCGUCAAAGAAUUCAAGCGCUCCGCGUUUCGUCUAGUCGUCCCAAUAUGGCAAUGCAUCAAUCGAUGUCUGCCGUUCGUCCCGCCGCCGCCUGAUAACAUAUUGCAGAGGAUCGCGCGACAUAUGAAUCGUCCGAAAGAGAAGCAAAAAUCCGCCAAUUCUCAGCCCCGUCAUCGCUCAUUCGAGAUGUCGUCGAACAAAAACGGCAUGUUGACCACCAAGAUACGCUCGAAACGGCGUCAAACCGAGCCGAACGUUGCCGUCAGCCUUCUAACGCCGCAAAGUCGGACAUCGUGCAUCCGAGAGGAAAGCGAUUUCAAAUCGACACUCAACGACAUACCCGAAUAA